AUGUCUCUUUUCAAAAAAGACCCGGGACUCAAAUCGCUUUCGAAUCUCAAAUCCUCAGAGCGCAGAAAGCUGUACGCUGCUAUUUGCAGCCAGUACGGGCUGAGUGAAGAGACUCUGGCCAGUGACGGAGUUGCGUCGCUCGUAUUGCCUCCAGAGGUCAAAUACGCUGCGUUUAAGUCGCCACAUGCUCAGGGCACGCUCUACACCGAUCUGGAGGGCGUUCCCAUCUGGUUCCGUACGAGAGACUCCGAGCUGCUGCCGACGCUUUUUACAAUGUGGAAAUAUCCCUACAUUGUGCCCAUUGUCAACACCCACCAGUACGUUAUAGAGCGACUCAUCAACGGCUCGAAUCUCAUGCUUCCAGGCACCAUUCCUCCGUUUCCUGACAACGCCAAACGGGGCAAGGUGGUAGCUGUGGGCGACUAUAAGAAGCCCAAUGUUGCUGUUGCUAUUGGAUACUGCCAAAUGGAUUUAGACGGCGUGACCGACGUCGUUGGAACCCAUGGCGUAGCCGUCGAGAUAAUGCACGUCUACCAAGACUGGCUGUUUACCUUGGUCAAGGGAGCAAAACUUCCGGACAAGGUUGAUGUUCUGCCAACUAAAGCACCCGCUCUGGAACAUCAGCCGGAGGAAGAGACGGUGGAACAAGCUACACAGGAAAUAAAAGAAAUUAGUAUCUCGUCCUCGCUGACGGUUGAGGACAUGGACGACCUGUUCCUCAGGGCAACGCUGUACUCGAUCAGCCAGGACACUAUAGAGACGCCUAUCAGUGCGUCGUUGUUCAUGUCGGGCCAUGUGUACAAGAACUUUCCUCCCGUGGACAGCACGCUGAUCAACAUAAAAAAGACGUCGUGGAAGAAGACGGCGAAAUAUCUCAAAGCGAUGGAAAAGGAAAAUCUUCUCAAACUAAAAGGCAAGGGCGACGACGUGGUGGUGGUGUCAGUGAACAAGGAACAUGAAAAGGUGAGGAAAUUCGAGCCGUACAGAAUUAGGAAAAAUAAGUCUGGGGAAGCAUCUAAAAAAACUACAGACUCGACAGAGCUGCAAGUUGUGCAGCUGUACAAAGCCCAUUCUUCAGCAUCAAAUUUUCUGCGUCUGUCAGGCUCAUCGCAAGAUUACUACACUCUCCAAGAUAUCAAAGCAUUGGUCAGUAAAUACAUACAAACACACCAGCUGGUGAGCAAAAACGACCCGAAAAGCAUCACCGCCGACGAACCGUUGCAACGGCUGCUAAAGACUGCCACGAUCGAGCGAGCCAAGGUGGUGGACGUUUUGGUGAAACAGCAUUUCUCACCGUUCUAUAGGGUCAGUCGUGGAGACGAGUCUACCAAGCCUAAGAAAGGACAGGUACCUAUUGUCAAAAUUGUGGAAGAAAUGAAAAUUGGACGCAAAAUAAUAACCAAGAUCAUCGGCACGGAGGAGUUUCUGAUCGACCCAGAGGAGCUCAGCUCCAUUUUGAAAGUGAAGUGUUCGGGCUCUACCACUGUCGCCAACAACGUUCAGAAUCCAAAGCUUGUGGAAGUCACAGUGCAGGGCCCGCAUUUCAAAACGGUUGAGGAUCUUUUGAUCAAACGGUACGGGCUGAAGCCAACAUGGAUCGAGUACGAAAACAAGCUGAAGAAAAAACGCUGA